AUGUUAAUAUUUAAAAAGGUUAAUUCAAAGGUGUUAAGCAUAAACAACUAUUUGCAGAAAUAUUUAGAGUCCAAUCAGUUCGAAAAAAACCUUAAAGAAGCACUAAACAAUAAAAACUAUGGGGUUUCGAAUAGCCUUCUGUAUGAUCUGUCGAUCUCAACGUACGAUGCGAAUUACUAUAACAGAGUCCUCACCGAGGUUUUCAAGGCAAUCCAGGAGAAACCGUCAAGAUGGAGGAGAAUAUACAAGGGAUUACGACUGUGCGAGUACGUAAUGAAGAACGGGUGCGAGUACUUCAUCAGCGACGUGAAGGACAAAGAGGAACUCAUUAAAAAGCUUACGCACUUUACCCAUUUAGAAGAUCUAAAAGAUAAAGGGGUAGGUAUAAGAGAAAUUUCAAACAAUAUUUUAACGUUGUUAAAAGACAACAAACAUUUGAAGAAUGAAAGAAUGGAAGCUGCGAAAUAUGCAAACAUGUGCACGAACAUAGAAUCGAAGCCGAUUGAAAAGAAGGGAUUUUUUUCAAGUCGGAAAAAGAAAACGAAAAAUAAAGGGAAAAAAAUCCUGGAGAGUAACAGAAGAAAUUAUAUGGACACCAGAAGUACAAGAAAUCCACAAGAAAAAAGUAUCUUCGAUCAGAUAGAGGAAGAGAGAAGUAUGCUAAACAAAUAUGCAAGUAAUAAUUACGACAUGAAUGAUAUUGUGCAGAGGUCGGAUAACCGAAGGAGAGGAAGUGGACAUGAUUCUUCCAGUGCGUCUUCAUCAGACUCAGACUCGUCCGACGCUAGUAGUGGGAGCAGUAGUAGCAGUGGAGGUGGAAGUGGACGUGGUAGCGGACGUGGCAGUGGACAAGGUAGUCAUGGGAGUAAAAGUCGCAGCAGUGGCUACAUAUCAGGGCAUAAAUCAAACAGAAGGAAAUCAGGCAGAGGAAGAAAGCACAGAAAUGCUUCUGCACACUCUUCAAAAUAUUCACGUUCUUCUUCAGCGUCGCAUAAUGGUUCGAGAUCUUCAUAUAUUUCUCGUUCCAAGUCAGGUCGUUCAUCAUCGCGGGUAUCAUCACAAAGCUCCUCGCGUAGCUCGUCCGCUUCGUCCUCUGCAUCCAGAUCGUCAUCGCGGUCGUCCCGCUACUCAUCCGCGUCAAGUCAGUCCAGUGACUCUUCGAAGAAGAAAUCCCACGCACGAGAUAGGAAUCGGAAGAGCAGAAGCUCCAGAAGGAACAAGUCGGGGCGCUCCAGAUGA